UUCUUAGUCUUCCAUGAUAAAGACUAUUUCCAUCAUGAAUGUAAACGCCUUUGUCGAGAAGUUCAAAACUGGAUUCUUCAUUUCUCAGAGUAUUCCGACAAUCGAGCAUGUCGUCUUACGAGUGAUAUAGAUAAUGCAAAGAUAGUCGUUCGACUGAACAAUACAAUGCUAGACGGCUCCGAUGUCAACACCUACCUUGCGGACAGGGUCAAGAGGCGAGAUGUUCUCAUGUCUUUGACCAUGACCAUGAUGUGGGAAUUCAUUCUCAGAAGGUAUCUCUUCGGUAUGGCUCGCGAAAUGCGACGGAAGCUACAGGAAAUUGAGAGAGCAUUGAGAGAAGCAGGGCCGACAGCUGCAGUGGAGCUGUGGCGAGCAACGACCUUAACUCUCUUGUCAAAGAGUACAUCGCACAUCAAGUCAGUAGACCUAGAAGCUCAAGCAGUCUGUGUCGCCAUCUUCGAAGUACUCUGCGAAGUAUUGCCAUCACCAACGCACCAAGAAGAUCAUUUGACGAAUAUGCUUACCAAUGUUGUCAAGAGAGCUGUGAAACUCUCAAUUGAGAUGCGUACCCAACGAGCAGAAUAUACGAUUCUUUCCCCACUACCAGACUACAAUUCGGACGGCGACCUAUCUUCAAAGGUGGUAUUCAAUGCCGCUUCGAUGAACGAACGAGAUGGCAUCACUGGAACCAACGAAGAGCUCGAGAGGCAAAAAGCCAUUGUGAGGAUAAUUUUGUUUCCCUUGGUCGUAAAGAAAGGGACCGACGACGGGUCUGGCAAUGAAGAA